GGUCGAGGGAACUACAAGCGCGAGGUAAACAAUUUUGAACCGAAUUUGCGAUAUUUUCAAGCCAUGUGUCGCGACUCCUGACGGGGUGCGCUUUACGUCCAUUCCGUGGAUGCCGGGGGAACCAGAGAAGGAGAGAAGAGCGAAAUACCUCGGUCUUAUAGCGCCUUUCCUGUGAUUUCCGGCCCGAAAGACACUGUCCCUUCAAACCCACUGUUAAGAGGAACUGCUUGUUGACUUUUUUCACUGUUGUUUUUUUCGUCUCUUCGUUGAUUUUUUCACUGUUGUUUUUUUUUCCGUCUCUUCGCGAGUGGGUGUUUCUCUCUCUUCGUGUGUUUGAAGGCCCGGUGCGCACCUCUCCUUCAGGCUGUGGAGUGGUGUGGAUCCCUCGGGCCUUUUAAACACGCCUCCCCAGACAUGUUCCGAUCGGCAUGUGAUUUCUUGGGGGGAGACAACAACAGUGACGGAGACUCUUCCAAGGAGAACUCACCCAGCGCCCUCGUCAAUGGCCAGUAUUCUUCGUCGUCGUCCUCUGCGGCUGUGGUUGGCGGUGGGGGGUCUCCUUGGGGUCGCACGCUAACCCCUCGUCCAGCCUCCGCUCAGGGCUCCGUUCUGCCCCAGAGGUUGUCGAUGGGCAGUGGCGUGGCGGCCUCUCCUGCGUCCUCGUCAGCCAAGCAGAACGUGCCAUGGAAUGAUUUGAGUUUUGCUGCGGAAGUUUUAAGUCCAGGUUUUGCAAGCAGAGUAGUUAGGGAAGCACAAGCACAUAAUGGAAGAAGUCCAGGAGAGAACCGCAGACAAUAUCCAACAGCACAAGAAAGAUAUGUUCGAGCAGGUGUGCUGCCAAAUGUCCGCCUUGGAGGGCGCACAAAGGCAGUCCUCAGUCCAAGAAGACCACCUACCUCCCCACUCCUCCCUCUUGGCCGAUCCACAGCCACUUUCACAUCUUCACUCUCUACGGAUUUCUUGUCUUCAGCAACACCAAGGAUGCCCGACAUCAGAUCUGUAGCUUCAGUUCUUGAGCCACCGAAUACACCAAACGAAUGUGCCAGAGACCCAACGAGUGUUCAAGCAGUGGUAGCAGCUUUGCAGCAGGCCCAGGCUGGGAAAGGGGUCAAGAGAGGAGCUUGCUAUAUAGAGCCAGAAGACCUAAGUAAAAGACAAAAAUGUAAUGGCAGUAGUAUAGUCCCCACCACUUUACCCGUCAACUAUUCAAGAGAUUACCUGGAGGAGACCCAGAAUCGAGGGGGCAGUAGUACUCCGAAUGGUGGGGGUGAGAAACGUGCUCUGGACCUCAGUCCUGGGGCUCAAUCUAACACCCACCAGUUAAGCCCAGAGAACAAGAGGCGUUGUGUGCUUGAUCCCAUGAUGGCUUCCUUCUCCUCAUCGAAACAUAUGGAGCUAAGAAUGUCUCAGGGUAGUGGAAGAGAGACCCCGUUCUCCAUGUAUGAUUCAAGACGGGACACAGAUUCCGAAAGCAACCGCAGUGUGGAUUCUGGACAGUCCAAAGCCUCUGAACAAUCCCUACACCAGCAGACAAGUGAGGCCACCGGCGGAGACUCUUGCAUGAUCAGUCCAGGACCCUCAGAACGGGACCCAUCUGACCGCUCAGGCUCACAUACACCCCAAAGCACACGGGGAGACAGCUGCAAUGGAACAGGGGGGACAGCAAACACCUCCCGUACAUCCACCCCUAGAAACCCUACUCCGCCAAGACCUACUCACGUCAUAUCUUUAGAAGCAUACAAAGCAGAGAAGGCCAAGAGUCAGCAGAGACUCAAAAAGAUGCUGGGUAUGCUUUUCCAUGUUGAUGAAAAUGAAGAGAGUCAGUCAUCAAAGUCUGGAAGUGUAACUCAGCCAACACCAUCCACAUCAUCUACACUAGCAUCAACAUCUAUAGACACUGUAGGAACUUCAACCACAGUAAGUUCUGUAUUGAAGACCAUUGCUCCAGACGAGGCAUCAACAAGUGUGACAAGUGUGUCAAGUAGUACCACUACAACAGCUGAGACAGACAAGAAUGAAGUGACCACAACUUUCACAUUCUCUCUUAAACCACCAUCUACCUCUGUAGUAAAUAAAGAAACUGAUAUAGUAAAGACAACUGAAUCAGCUGGGGAUGAGAGUGGCAGUAAUGUGUCUGUAACAGCAGUCUUGAAGCUUCCUCCCCCAGCCAGUAGUGAUGUUACAAGCCUUAGCACACCAACUGUCUCCACAUCUUUCACUGCUGUUACUCAGUCAGCCAACACACCCACUGCUGUCACAUCUUCAUCUGUAAUAGCCAAAAAUCCUCUCUUAGCUGGUGCAACCUCAAGUGAGUCUGCAUUUGCACCCCUGAAACCUGGUUCAGAUUUGAGUCCGAUAAGUGGCAUAAUGCCUCUGACAGCACCAUCUAGCACAGCUAGUGAACAAACCAAUCAAGGAACGUUUAGUUUAGGGAGUACCUUAUCAAAGACAGCAUCUCAGGUCAGUUCCGGUACAGCUGUGUCCUCAGCCUUCAGUUUUGUUGUUCCUGGUUCUAACAAAUCAUCCUCGAUUACUUCUGCAGUUAGUUCAGCAAGUGCAACAGAUGGUAAAAAUGCAGAAAACCAUCAGGAAAAAACAAAGGUUCCUGGUGCUUUUACUUUUGGCAGUCAAGCUGCUCCUGCAAAUACAAGCACUAGUAGUCAAGGAGUAUUUGCUGCUACUGAUCCAAAAACAUCACAGGGAUCAUCUGCAGUGCCUCCUGCAAGCUCAUCUUCUCCAUUUACCUUUGGUGCUGGAAGUGAUGCAGUAUCUGGUCAGAGUUCUACAUUCACUUUUGGUCCCAAAACUACUCAGACUGAGGCUUCCACACCAAGCCUUGGGUUCUCUUUUGGAUCCCAGGACUCCAAAGCACCAGCAACUUCAACUCUGACUUCAGGGGCUCAGACAACUUCCGCAGCUUCAGGUUUCAGUUUUGGAACGUCAUCUGGUCCUACUGUUGCUGCAACUUCUGCUCCUGCUUCUGCCCCUGCUCCUGCUCCUGCUCCUGCUGCUGCUUCUGCCCCUGCUCCAGGUAAAAAUGCAGAAAACCAUCAGGAAAAAACAAAGGUUCCUGGUGCUUUUACUUUUGGCAGUCAAGCUGCUCCUGCAAAUACAAGCACUAGUAGUCAAGGAGUAUUUGCUGCUACUGAUCCAAAAACAUCACAGGGAUCAUCUGCAGUGCCUCCUGCAAGCUCAUCUUCUCCAUUUACCUUUGGUGCUGGAAGUGAUGCAGUAUCUGGUCAGAGUUCUACAUUCACUUUUGGUCCCAAAACUACUCAGACUGAGGCUUCCCACCCAAGCCUUGGGUUCUCUUUUGGAUCCCAGGACUCCAAAGCACCAGCAACUUCAACUCUGACUUCAGGGGCUCAGACAACUUCCGCAGCAGCAAGUUUCAACUUUGGAUCAAGUAUAGCACCACCAACAACAGUCACAGCUGCUUUUGCUUUUGGCAGUCAAGCUGCUCCUGCAAAUACAAGCACUAGUAGUCAAGGAGUAUUUGCUGCUACUGAUCCAAAAACAUCACAGGGAUCAUCUGCAGUGCCUCCUGCAAGCUCAUCUUCUCCAUUUACCUUUGGUGCUGGAAGUGAUGCAGUAUCUGGUCAGAGUUCUACAUUCACUUUUGGUCCCAAAACUACUCAGACUGAGGCUUCCACACCAAGCCUUGGGUUCUCUUUUGGAUCCCAGGACUCCAAAGCACCAGCAACUUCAACUCUGACUUCAGGGGCUCAGACAACUUCCGCAGCAGCAAGUUUCAACUUUGGAUCAAGUAUAGCACCACCAACAACAGUCACAGCUGCUGCAACAGGUUCUCCUUUCCAGUUUGGAGCUCCAGAUCCCAAAUCAACAACUGCAGCAACAAGUAUACCUUCAUUUACCCCAAGUACACAGAGUACUCCAUCUUCAAGCUCCUUAUUUAGCUUUGGAGCAGCUGCAAAGGCCACACCUGCCGCCACAUCAUCUAGUUCUCCAUUCAGUUUUGGAACAGUGAAGGCAAGCAAUCCUCCCUCUUUUGGUGCCAGUGUUGAAACAGCUAAACAAGCUACACCAAGUGGAGCAUUCACUUUUGGUUCUACUCCAGCUGCUACUACCACAGCUACAUCAUCCCCUGGUUUCAACUUUGGAUCUUCUGCAGGAGCUACAGCUGCACCUUCAUCAACAUCAACACCAGCAACCUUCAACUUUGGAUCCCCAGCAGUAUCACAGGCUUCCUCUGCUUUUCAGUUUGGAUCUACAGAUAAGCCUGCUCAAGUUGCCACAACAUCAAGCAGUCCAUUUUCAUUUGGUAGUACUGCCAGUAAACCUCCUAGUUUUGGUGCACCAACAAGCCAGACACAGUCACCGUUUAGCUUUGGUUCAAAUGCUGCUACUGGCCAAGCUUCAGUCCCAUCCUCAGCUGCAGCCCCAGCUCCAUCCUUUGGUUCUACUACGAGUCAGGGCUUUGGUGCUCUGCCAACAAAUACUCCUCAAGGUUUUGGAGCACCAACAACAAAUCCACCAGCCUUUGGCUCAACUACAAGUGCAGCAGCAUUUGGUACACCAAAAACCACCCCAUCAUUUGGUGUACCAACAACUGCACCCCCAGCAUAUGGUGCAACAAGCAGUCAAACAAGCACUCCUUCAUUUGGAACUGUAACGAGUCCUCCAUCAUUUGGGGCACCUGCAACAAGCACCCCAGCUUUUGGCUCUACCACAAGUACUCCAGCCUUUGGGUCAACUGCCAAUCCUCCUGCAUUUGGAGCACCAGCAACAACUGCCCCAGCCUUUGGAUCAGCCGCACCCAGCUUCGGUAGCACAGCCACAAGUGCAACGUCUCUAUUUGGUUCAUCUACAGGCUUUGGCUUUGGAGGAGCUCAAGGGGGCAGCAAGGCAAGUACCCCAGCAAACCCCUUUGAAGCAGCACAGGGAGCAACUUCGCCUUUCGGAAGCACAAAUAGCCCAGCACCAGCAGCAGCUCCGGCUGCCACUCCAGCUCCAAGCUUUGCCUUUCAGGCUUCACAAACUCCUUCCUUUAACUCCCCAGCCUUUGGGAGUAGCUCUACACCAAAUGCCAAAAGCACACCAUUCCAGUUUGGUCAAACAGCAGCUAGUCCCCCAUCGUUUGGUGCCACACCUGCAGCGGGAGGGACAGCUCCUCCAGGAGGGCCAGUGUUCCAGUUUGGCAGUGCCAACCCACCUUCAUUCAAUGCAGGGGCGUUUAAUUUUGGUGGACCGUCUAUGCCAGGGGAUACUCAAAACAUUUUCAGUGUGGGUAACAACCCAGCCUCUUCAGCUCCGAGAAGAACACGGGCAAGGGCUCCAAGACGACACCGCUAGCCGACUCGCCCUUGAUACCCAAUGAUAAUGAGGGGACCUUUCAGCCUUUGUUACUGAUGCCCUCUGGACCUUCCUUACGAAGCUGUUCCCGCAGCUCUGCCCUAUGGUUCUCAAGGGUAGGAUCAAAAUCAGCCACAUGCAGCAGUUGCCCACAAGGAUUCAUAAGUCCUAGCUAGGUGGAGUGGCAUUUCACAUGUCACGUCAGAGCCUGUGCAAAAUGUACAGGCUUCCCUUUGGGGCCACAACAUGAUGUGGCUUCCUUUUUUCAGCUCUGUGGAGAGACUUGUAAGCACACUGGUUAUAGGAGUGUCAAUUAAGUGCUUGCUUAACAUGGUCUGCUUAUGUGAAAAAGGACUUGCAAGUGUAUAUUUAACCAAGGUUGACGAUAUUACCUAACGGGAAUCCAUAAAUGAAAGCAUUAGUAAUCCAUAUCAUAUCAAAUAAAUGUAUAAUAUUGUAAGUGUGUGUUCAGUUGUUAUCGUGAACACUUUGCUGUAAUUCAGCAAAGCUUUACUGUGUAUUUUGAAUUAACAUCACUUGACUUUCAUAAACAUCAUAUUUGUCCAACUAAGAAGAGAUGCCCAAAGGAUACCAAGAAUAGAUAUGUUGCUAAAUAUUAUCAAGCAAUUUUCCAUAUUUAGAGUAUCAGUUUUGGUGGCAUUAUUUAGACCCAUAGAGCUGCUUCUAGCUAACAUACAUAUGUAUAGAUAUAUAUAGAUAUAUAUAUUUGAUUUAUA